CCUCUGGCUGAUUACAGCGAUCACGAUGCACCUACAGGAGUCGCGCGGAUCCGAACGGGCAAGACGAUGCUGAGCAGUCGAGCAGGCCUACAUCACACUUCGUGAUCACUUCUUCAAACGACUUCUCUCUUUGAUUGACCCCAAACAUCGCAUCGCUUCAUACAUAGUCGUCACCCUUCCAAACUCGAUGCCCUUCUCAUAUCGCUAGCUUCCUUGACUAGACAGUCUCCGAUUCGAAACCCUCUCGCCGACUCGCCGAUAUGCCGGACGAUCAACGAUCCUUCCUCUCGCACGUCGAAGUUCCGCUCUUGACACCCCGCAAGAGGGCGUCCUUCCCUUCUUCCCUAGCAUCCUCAUCUUCGUCUUCAUCUCGAUCAAUCAAACGGAUCCGAACUCGGCAAAUUGUUCGAGGGUCAGCUCGGGAAGAGCGGGAAGAGGAGGAUGACAUGGACGCGGUGCUUCCAAGGAGAGGGAUGGAGAUUGUCGAGCUUGACGAGGGGUUGAAGUUGUAUGGGUCAGGGAUAUCAAAGAAUUUGGAAGACAUUGGGGCUACUCUGGGUCCACUUGAGCGAGCGGUCAUAGGUGGUCAGGAUCAUUGGGUCUCUACGAAGCAUCUGCGUCAGUAUUUCUACUGGCUGGCGGAACGGCAACGCUUAUACAUCAGAAGACGUGAUGGUCAGUCACCGAUCUUGAAUAUCAAGAUCCCAGGGAAGCCAGACAUGCCAUGCUGGUCUUUGGAUCCCAUGUUUGCACAUCGGGUCACGAAUUCCUACCGCCAUCAGGACGACUUUAGUCAGUUCAUCAUCGAAGACGUCGUCCGCAACUACCGGCCCCACCCCGAACCCGAUCUCGCAUAUCGGACUUCCGGACAGGACAACCGCUACAACGCUGCGGGCGAAUGGAUCGACAACGUCGAAGAGCAGCUGUUUCGGGUGACGCUGCUGCGGCGGUUCGGUAAAUCGGAAACGUACAAGUACUUUCUUCGAGAAUUGGGCGAUAUCAGGUGGAAGACGUACACGUACGAACGAUACUACGCGGUGAUCAAGAAGAAGCUGAGGCUGUUCCCGCACAUCGCUUGUUUUACUGGGUCUUACCAAGUCCAUCCGCCAAAGCAGUACGGAAAGGGAACACCGGAAGGCAACGCUAUAGCGUCGGUCGAAGCGUUCAUGACCGGAAACGUGCCCUUCCCGCCAUACACGGACCGCCCGUUCUCCCCUCUUCCGGCUACAAUGGCGAGUGUGAACACUCUCAGCGAAGCGUACAAGUACCUCUCCAGUUGGCCUGGCAUGGGGCCUUAUCAUUCCCUUCAGUAUGCCCUCGACCUCAACUACACCGACUACGUGAACUUGUCGACCACGGAAUGGAUGGCGGGGGGUCGAGGCGCCGUCAACGGGUUGAACCUCAUCAUACCGACGAUCAAGGGACGAGAUAAGGAUAUAAAUGCCGGAUUAGUGUGGUUGAGGGAGCAGCAAUGGGGAGAGUGGGCGAGACUGGGGUACACACCGGUACCGCAGGACCUGGCGCCGGGGAUGCUUGCCUAUGAGGGCGUCAACUUGAUCGACCUUGAAAACAGUCUAUGUCUCUACCAGAAGUACGCACGCCGGCUGCGUAAUACGGAACUCUAUCACAUGGCUCGAGGCGACAAUCCCGAGCUUGAUUGGAUUGGCAACUCGUCUUGGGAUCCACAUCGGGGAGAGAAUCGAGCUACCCGGACCUUGAUUUGCAAGCCAGGAGAGAAAGAGCAUAAAGCGCUCAAGUUCUGGGCAAGAGUUAUACAGGAGUUCCGAGAAGAGAUCGAGACGGCAGGAGCUGUACAAGAUCCCCGGGAAGAGAUCGAGACCGCGGCUACCCAGGUCGAAUCCCUAGGUAACAGCCGAGGCAGCGCUAUCGUCAUCGACGACUCGGACGAUGAAGCCGGACAAGUGAUCGCCACACGAGACGACGUGAUUGUCAUCGAUGACUCGGAAGAAGAGGAAAUCGAUGAGCUCGAAGUCGACGAGCUAGAGUCGGAUUCAGAGAUGAAAGAGAGCGAACGAAGACCUGAGGUGGAGGCGGGUGUCGAGAACAGCGAAGAUUCCGAGGUCAAACCGUCGUCCGUCGCCGACGUCAAACCGCUGUCCGUUGCCGACGUCAAACCGCCGUCCGUCGCCGAUGUCAAACCGCUGGGCGUUGUAAAUGGCGAACAUCCUGAAAUCAAGCCGAAGGCUGAGCUUGCUAGUUGAUGUGAAGAUUCACGAUGAAGUUCGACGGUUGUGUAACAACAUGACCAUGCAUAAUAUCAGCAAGCAGAGCUACAACCGAUCUGGCCAGAAGACCCGGAGCGAGUUUUCCCAAGCGGCCUUGACCAAUUCCUCUACCGGUACACCCUUCACCUGUGCGACCACCCAAGCGAUUGUCGUCACCUGUACAACAGCCGACCGCAUAAAUCAGCCUUAUCUCUAGUCUGUCGGACUAGUCGCGGCUACCGAUCCUGUCGAUACUCACAUCCGCCGGCUCGUUUCUCCCCUUGACCCCAGUCUGACCACCCGGUUUGAGCGUCUUGGUCUUUUCUACCGCGCCGUACGGUCCAUCUUUUGGCAGGUAUGCGUGCGAGGCCGCAGUGGUUGUGAUGGAACACCAUGGAGCAUCUGUGUCGAGCAG